AGUUCAUUUCAUUAUCAUUAUUUUGUAUUGUCAAGUUUGGAAUGUUAUUUAGGUUAUUAGUUGUUGUUUGUUAGAAAUAUUAAUGAUAUUAAAUAAUGGAGCGCAAUAGACAUCAAAAAAUAAAACCCGCACAUCUUGGAAGUGAGCUAUUCGCUUUAGGAUCUAAAGUCAAUCGUGAAGAUUCGAAAUCAAAAACUUCCUCAAAAACUGCUGUUCCCAUUGAUCGCAAAAGAGAUUCCGGUUCAAUAAGUAUUAGUAAUGUGACCAAAAAACAAAAACUAUCAGCAUCAGUGCGUACGUCCACAGAACAAUCAAAAGGAUUUUCUGAAUUAUGGGAGCAAAUGGCCGUAGAGUGUGAAACGGGUGAUUUAAUUGAAAAUAUUUACACCGCAAUAGAUCAAAAUGAUAAAGAAACUGUAAUAAAAUAUCUAUGCGGUUGCAUUAAACAACUACAACAAUCAACAAAUUCGAAAAUAGAUGUAACUACAAAUUUAAUUUUAUUUUAUAUAGCAAAAACGAAACCGAGAUAUUUUUAUAACGACGUUUUGACAUCAGCAUUGGUCUGUACAAUACGCCGAGAAACAAAUGCAAAGACCAGAUGUAAUAUAAAUAAUAUUAUACUUGCGACUAAUUUGUUAACUAAAGGUUUUCAUGAAAAAACAUUAUGGCCAGAGAUCUUUUUACGUAUCUAUAUUGAAGAUGCUAUCAAUGAAAGAAUUUGGGUAGACAAUCCUUUAUGUGCAUUUUUUACUUCAAAUCUGUGUGCUGCAUUCAAUACAAUUAUACCAAAUCAAAGUUUAUUGCAACUUGAGAGUUCCACUCAGCAGCAACGUAUGAUAUCGUUAAGCACUGAAGAUGAUUCAGGAGAUAAUACAUCUUUUGGUGUUGAUUUUAAUGCGCAAUCACUAAGGUUGGAGUGUGAACAAAAACGUAAUGGUCAAGUAUGUAGUCGAUUUGAUUCAUCAUCAGAAACGAUUGAAAAAGAAGUUAUAGAGGCAGUGAAAGAACAGUUAAAUAAACGUCAACAACAAGAAUGUUAUACACGUAAUUUUCUAAAGUUCUUAUGUACUACAUCGGGAUUGGUUGAUGUUCGAUUUCUUACAAUAUCACGAUUGGAAUUAUGGAUUCACAACGGAAAACUAACGAAAUUAGCUCAACAUUUACUUGCUUAUAUUUGUUUGAAUAUAAAGAGUAAAUCAUCUAAAGAUCACGAAGUUUUGGCCUCAUUGGUUAAAAUGCGACCAAAAACAAAACCUCUCAUAAAUUUCUAUAUGGCUUGUCUUAAGGAGAUGAUAGUAUUACAACCUGAUAUUUUGGGAAUUAUAUUAAAGUUGGUAGUCCAAAAUGAGCUUUCGAAUACGCGUAAUCCAAAUAACAUGGGAAUACUUGCGACUCUGUUUCAAACUUCACCAGAACUUUCAGCUACACAUCUUGCAGAAAUAUAUAAGGAAUUUUUGUUACAACGUGACGACUGUUUGCGAACUUUACGCGUUUUUUUGAGAGAGUUAGUACGUAUGUUACGAUUUGAUUUAAAUCUCGUACAAUUUUGUAAAGUAUUUCUUAACGGAAGACCUGAUCUUACAAAACAAAUUGAAGAAUCAGAUUUUAAAGAUAGAAUAUUUUACAAUAUGGUUGAUAUUGUUUGCUUAUGUAUGAUUUUGGAAGUAUCACCGCAAGUACGUGAAACAACAUUAUCUUUGAGAUCGAGUCGAGACUUUCAAGUGAAUUCUGUUUUAACAAAAUUCUAUAAUCAUAUGGGUCAAAUACAAUUAAAUAUUUUAUCUUGGAUGUAUGAAGCUGUACCAAGUGUUUUUAAAAUUCAAAAUGCAGAAUACAGUCAAGCUCUACACAAAAUACUUUUGCUAGAAAAUGUAGAACAUUAUUCACGUAGUGAUCAAUGGCCUUCCGAGCCUGAACGAGCAACUUUAUUGCGUAUAGUUGCAGAAACACCCAUACAUGAAGAGGAAUUGUUGCGUAUUAUACUGAUUGGUAUUACCAAGGAUAUACCAUUUUCUGUACCGGAAACUAUUGAAAUAAUCAUGCUUGUUAUUAAAAGAGCUUCUGCUAUGAAGGCAACGAAUUAUCCUGCAGUUGAAGCCAAUAAAUAUGAGAUAAUUGAUUUUCUUUUUAAUAUGGCAGAAUAUCAUUAUCCAGAGAAUAUAAAACUUCCUGAAGAUUAUGAACCACCAAAGCUUGCUAUUAGUAUUUUAUACUGGAAGGCUUGGAUGAUAAUGCUUAUGAUAUCAGCCCAUAAUCCAUCAUCGUUUGGUUCAUUUUGUUGGAACCAGUAUCCGACAAUGAAAACUCUAAUUGAAAUGUGUAUUACGAAUCAAUUCAACGAAAAUAAUGGAUCAAAAGAAGAACCACAGAUUCAGGCAAUUGAACGUAAUCAUAUACUGGAAUUCGAGACACACUUGGCAGCACAAACUUCACAAACAGUUAUAACAGAAGAGAAUGCAAUACUUUUAACACAACUAACACUUAUGAAUCCGAUGGGUCAGGCACGAAAAGUUCCAGUCUUUGUUUUGGAGCAGUUGAAGCAACUUAAUAAAUCGCUUAAAUUGGGACACUUGUUGUGCCGCUCCAGAAAACCGGAUUUGUUAUUAGACAUCAUACAACGACAAGGUACUACUCAAUCUAUGCCAUGGCUGUCAGAUCUUGUACAAAAUAGUGACGGUGAUUUCAAUCAUCUUCCAGUGCAAUGUUUGUGUGAAUUUUUAUUAUUUAGCACAAAUGCUUUGAAUGAAGAAAAUAAACGAGAUACAGAUUUAGUUAAUUACCUUCGAGGUAUUAUUAUGGAUCCAUAUGCUGCUAAACAGACUGUGUGUGAAGUAUUAGAUUAUAUAUUCCGUAGAUUAUCAUCAACAGUGAAACAGUCAAGAGUUGCUGCACUAAAAGGAUUGCAAAUCAUUUUUAAAACUGAAGAUGCUGAUGAGAAUGAUUGGCUUUUAUUAGCUAUACCACAAUUACAAUACUUUACAGAAAUACGUUCAUAUAUAGUGCCACAACUGCGUUCGGCUUGUCAAGUAGAAAAUUCUCCGCAACUUGUUAUGUUAUAUAUACAGUUUAUAGCGGCCCAUACACUUAAUGAUUCAGUAACUGAAACUUUGGAUCACGUAAUGGAUAUGGCACAAUUAAUUGUAGAACGCAGCACAAUGUUUCAACAUAUUAUACCAACCGCAGAUACUAACGAUCCACUACACGAAUGUCGUUCACAAACAUUGAAAUGUCUUCUUGUUAUGUUUAACAACUACAUAAUAAAAUUGAGAGAGCAUCACGAACCUUAUGAAUGGGCUGAAUAUCCAGAUCUUUUAAUGGUACAAUUUCAUGAUGGGGUAGAAUUACCUUUACAUUUACAUAUAAUUCAUGCUUUUAUAAUAUUGCUAACGCAUUCAACAAGUACUAUGUCGGAGUCGUUUCCCAUAUUAGAUUAUUGGUUUCCACCUAAUCAAAAGGCUCCAACCGCCUAUUUACCAAAUUUACCACAUGAACCAGUACAGCUGCUGCCAGAUUGGUUAAAACUAAGAAUGAUACGUUCAUCGGUGGAUCGUUUAGUAACGGCAGCUAUUCAAGAUCUUACGCCUGAUCAAAUUAUUCUGUUUAUACAGAAUUUUGGUACUCCUGUUAAUUCUAUGUCAAGAUUAUUAGCUCUGUUAGAUAUUGCAGUAGAAGAACAAGAAGAAGUUGUUAAAGCGACAAUACUGAACAAAGCUUAUUUAUCACAAUUGAUAGAAAUACAACGAGCCCGUGGUGCCAAAAAUGGACAUGUAACUGUAAAAAAAUUGGGAUUAAAUUCUCAUUCACAAACUGUGCCUGAUUUACCAAAAAUUCAAAUCGAUGAUUUGGAAACUAUCACCUUAAAUAAUUUUUCGUUAAUUGAAACUACAGAAUCAAAGACUGACAAAAUUAAAGUCGUAUUAAAUCAUACGAAAAAUUAUACAUUCCGAAAAUUGAUGUAUCAGAUACGUAAUCCAUGUGAUUUCAGCUCUAGCAAUGAAAAAGAAAUAGAAUUUAUUAUUACAAAUAUUUUAAAUAAUGUACAACAACAAUUUAGUUCUAUUGGAAAUGAUGAAGCUAAAUUUCGAAUAUGCACAGUUGUAAGAGGAUUAGUGGAUUUAAAAGAAAAGCUCAUAUUGGUGGAUAAAAUCAAACACAGUGUUAAUCUAAUAAAUGAAACUAUAAAUAACUUAUUAGUUUACAGUAAAAAGCUUCCAAACGACGAUCAUUUUUUGCUUGCUUUGCAGAGUGUUGCUCGAACCAACGAAACCUCCAAAACUACUAAUAAGAGGAUGUUUAAUAAAAUAACGGAUGCUGACAUCGCAGAAUUAAGCAACAUUUCCAAAUUAGGUGUGUGGAAUAUUGAUCUGGAUCCUGAAGUUUUUAUAGUUGAGAAAAAAGUAAAAAUAGAUUUUCUUUUUUCUAAGGAUAGUCCUCCAAUUCGUUACUAUUUUCUAUCCGUUAUGUGCCACCAGUCACAUUGGAGUACACUUAUAACAAUGUUAGAUCAUGUUUUGCAGGAAAGGACGACAAACUACGAUUGUAGCACAGUAUUGAGCUUUAUAGAAUCAAUUAUUUACAAUCCAAAAUUAUGGCAGGGACGAGACAAACGUAUUACGAAUGCAGAUGUUGCAGACGAUAUUAUACAUUUGGAAGGUUCAAAAUUGAAUGCAUUUACAAAUCUAAUUUUAAAAGAAGCGGAAAGUGAUGACAACUAUAAAUCUGAAAAAUAUGAUCAAAAAUUAUGUUCACGAAUUAAUCUUUUAUUUAUAGUUACAAAGAAAAAAGACAAGUUAUUGGCACAAUUCAUCGAAUACAUAGAUCGUAGCGAUUGCCCAGAAGAGUUAAAGUAUAAAGUACUUCAACAAAUGUAUUUAAUGUAUCCUAAAAUUAAAUUUAUUAAGAAAGAUACAUUUGGAAAAAAUCCUUCAAAGUUGUUGACACUGAAGGGUUGUCAAGCAGAUAAGAUAUCCAAUAAUCUUAUAACAUGUUUUGGUAACCUUAAUACGAAAAAGGAUUUCGAAUUACUUUCUCCAGACACUGACCUAUUAAUAAGAAAACUUGCUGCAUCUCAUCCUGCACUGUUCGUAAGACAAUUAGGCGUACUUAUGUCAUUGUUAGAAGGUAAAGCAGAACUUAAUAUUCAAGUAAUACGUGAAGAUCAUCACAUAAAUCGCUUUGUGCAGAUUUUACGUACUCUGGAGCUAAUAAAACCAAUUUUGUUUGAUGAUGCAUAUAAAACCGAUUUUCAUGCUGGAAUAGUUUGUUAUUUCAAGUUUCUUAAAAAUCAUAUAGGAAGUAAAGAAACUUUUAACAUUGUUUAUAAAUUUGCAGAUCUGCUUCUUGCAUACAUAAAUGCAAAUCCCAAUAGUGCCUUUCCAAUUAUUGAACAGUAUUUUGAUGUGUUGAUGAACCUUGUAAUAAAGUUUAAUUCCUUAACUGUCCUACAUCAAUUAAUACAGAGCGUGAACACAUUGCGAUUAAACAGCUGGACUGCUAAACAAAUUUGUUCAAAUGUCAUUAUCAUUGAAGAUCAAUCAGAAUCAAAUUCAAGAAAAACAUCAGAAACAGAUAUAUCAGAUUCAAGUGCGAACACAACAGUUAAAAUAGUUGAUAAAUUUAGUGUUUAUGGAACAACCGGUUUUACAUUUAAUAAACGCCCAGAAUUAUCUGAACAUUUUUUACAUUUAAUAAAACUUGUUAAAACUUCCAACGAAGAAGAAAUAUUAAUUGGUCCGCUGCUUGAAAUUGAAAAUCUUACUUCAAAACGUUUUACGGUUCUCUCUGAAAUAUUUGAACGUUUGUUGGAACUUAUAUUUUCAUCAAGCGCACAUAUACGUUCCAAUGCUUUUAUUUUAUUAAUACGCCAUUUAACACACAAUCCGGGAAAUGCUGAUAUUAAUAAAAGUACUUUUAAUGCUUACAUACAAUGUCUACGUGACGAUAAUUCAUCAGUUGCGUCUACAGCUGUUGACAAUUUACCGGAAAUGACUAUACUUCUACAGGAGUAUGCGGUUCCCAUACUUUGCACUGCAUUCUAUUUAGGCACACGAUCACGGAUGAAUACUAGUAAUCAAAUAAAGCGUGUGUUGCACACUUUAUUAUUACAGCAUGGUUAUUAGAAUGACUAAAUUCCCUAGGUUAAAAAAAUUAAUUAACUUUAAUAUUAUAACUAUAUGAAAAUACUAA